CUAGUAAAUGUCCAAGUGGAACAAAAUUUCCUAUUGUUGCAAGAUCAGGGGAUCAUUCUUAUGAAAAUUAUGGACUUGGAGAUAAAGAUUGUUAUUUAGUUAUUGAUGUUCGUUACUUCAAUAAAGUUACCGUCGAUGUAACUUCACAAACUGCAAUAAUCGGACACUAG